AGCUGGGUGGAGCCUAAAGCCGAGCCCUCUCCAGUGACCUGGAUAAAAGGAGGAAGCCAGUGUUUGAGAAAAGCUUCGUGAGUCUUCAGAUGGAUUUUAAAAUUGAACACACUUGGGAUGGUUUUCCAGUGAAGCAUGAGCCAGUAUUUAUCAGGCUGAAUCCAGGUGACAGAGGAGUGAUGAUGGACAUUAGUGCUCCAUUUUUCAAUGAUCCUCCAGCCCCACUUGGAGAGCCAGGAAAACCUUUCAAUGAACUGUGGGAUUAUGAAGUUGUGGAAGCAUUUUUCUUGAAUGGUAUAACUGAGCAGUAUUUAGAAGUUGAACUUUGUCCCCACGGCCAGCAUUUAGUGCUUUUACUUUCUGGAAGAAGAAAUGUGUGGAAACAAGAACUUCCUUUAUCAUUCAGAGUGUCCAGAGGAGAGACAAAAUGGGAAGGCAAAGAUUAUCUUCCUUGGAGUUAUUUUCCACCAAAUGUGACAAAAUUCAAUUCAUUUGCAAUUCAUGGUUCAAAAGAUAAACGAAGUUAUGAAGCUCUUUACCCUGUACCUCAGCAUGAACUGCAACAAGGACAAAAACCUGACUUCCAUCGCCUAGAAUACUUCAAGCCUUUCAAAUUUAACACACUGCUUGGAGAAGAAUGGAAACAACCAGGAUCAGACCUAUGGCUAAUAGAAAAAUGUGAUAUAUAGGAGUAUGAUAGAUAACCAUACCAAUCACUUUUUCUCUAUACCUUUUAAGAUAAACAAAAAAAUAUCAAUCUUUUUUUAAGACAUCAUGCAUACAUUUUAACAACAAAUAUUUUCAUAGACGUCACUGAAAGUAUAGUAUCUGUUGCAAAUUGUAUAUGAUUAACAUGAAAAUAGAUGAUUCUUUACAGAUUAUUUGAUCUGUAAAGUCAUAGUGUUUCUCAGAGUCCCUUAGUCCAGGAUGUUACAUUCCCAGCACAUAGUACAGUUAUUCUUGAGAACUACAAGUGAGAAAGGGUGGACAAUUGAGUUUGUCCAGGGCCACCUGGAGAACUGUUCUGCAGUACCCUGUGCUUCAGCCAUUUCAUUCCUAGAUAUAUACCCCAGAAAAAUGAAUGCUCAUAGGAGCUUUAUUCACAAUAACACAAAACUGUAAACAGUCAAAUAUCUUUCCAUAGGAAAAUGGGUAAACUGCAAUGCAGUCAGUGGAAUACUGGUCGUUAAAGAAAUGGACUACUGAUACAUGUAACAACCUGUAUGAAUCUCAAAAACAUUAAGUUGAGCAAAAUAAGCCAGACAUAACAUACUGUCCAAUUACUUUUAUAUUAAAGCCACUUCCAGGCAAAACUAGCAUUUGAUGACAGACAGCAGAACAGUGGCUGCUCUGGGUAAGGGCAGGGAAUUCAAAUUGCUUGGAAACGGGGCCUGAGGAAAUUUCCUGGGGUGAUUGAAAUGUUUUGUUUUCUGAUCUGGAUGAUGGUUAUGUAGCUGCAUACAUUUGUCAACAUUCCUCAUGCUGUAUGUUUAGAUUUGUGAUUUUGCUAUAUGUAAAUUAAUUCCUUAAUAUAAUACUCUUAUAAAAUAAACUAAAUUAAAUGGAAUUAACAUCAAGUUUACAUUGCAUUUGUAUUUUUCCAUUGACAAUCACUAGUGUUGGUUAAAUAUGGCAUAUUGACUUACUCAUUUCUUACAUAUGUUCUCUAUCUGAAAAGAGAACUAGUGUAAGAUAAAUGCUGACUUUUACAAAAGGUAUUAUAAGUAUCUUACUGACUUCACAUCGUGGUGAAAGUGUUAGGCAUCUUAGAUAAAUUAAGAAAUUAUUUGUAAAACUGACAAUAGCAGUUAAUUAAUUUCAUAUAGAAACAAUCUGCCUGUUUUGGACGGGAAACACAUAUUUUAAAUAACCUAGGAUGAUUUAUUUAUAAAUCACCUAAAUAAUUUUAUAAAUGCAUAUAAAACUAUCAAAAUAAAAAGAAGAGUAUCUUGAUUUUAGAAGUAAAUCAAACACUAUGAAUCACAGUUUCAGAUGUAAAUCAUAACUAUUUAUAGUAUGGAUAAAAGUGAAGUACAAGUGUAGAUACAAUCACAACAAUAUAAAAUACUGAAUUUGAAUGUUGUAGCUUGUGAGCUUUCUCAAACCUAACUUAUCUUUUUAAAAUUUGUUUAGGUGUUUUUUAAACAUCUCUUAACUUUCUUUCAUCUAGAUAAGAAAUUUAUUUUUCUUCUAAUACCAAGCAAGCAAAAA